AUGAACCAGAUCUAUUCCUCUGUUUCUGCAGCCAUUGCCAUUGAAACGGGGGAUACCGCCCCUGAUUUUACCCAAGUAAAUGAUACUCGGGUCGUCAAAGUGAGCACAUAUCCUGGUUACCACCUGCCUCACCUAUGGUUGGUGGCCAAUAGCCAGUCGUCUCAAGUUUCGACACUUGACCUCUGUGGCCAGGGCCAUUUCACAUUACUGACAGGAAUUGGUGGUGGCCCGUGGGUCACAGCGGCCGAGAAUCUCUCGCGAACAUCCGAGGGCGUUCAGAUUAGAGCAUACACCAUUGGAUUCGGGUGCCAGUACUUGGAUUGCUAUGGCGACUGGUUUAAAGUCCGCGGUGUCAGCGAGGCAGGAGCCGUCCUUGUACGCCCAGAUCACUUCGUCGCGUGGAGGUGCCAGGGUCUUGUUGAGGAACCGGCCACGAAAUUAUGCGAGGUGAUGCGGGCAGUCCUUGGGGGGAAGGGGUCAUCUUGA